GGAUAAAAAGUUUUCAUAAAUGGACAUAUAUAUAUGUUAAUGGUGUGACAAGACCAGCUGUAACUCUGUGUCCUACCCUAGACUGGAACUGAAGAAAAUGAAUGAGUGACACACGUCAGUCAUCAAUCCAAAUAUCGUUUUGGGCGGAGUUUGAGUGAGAUGAAACCGGACUGCCGACCACCCAGCAUAAGUGUUUCAUUUCUUCAACAGAGUAGGCGCAGUUCUUUGGGUGGAAGUCUGCUUAUCCUGAGGCACAGGCCAUAGAGUUUCAACCAAUGAAAUACUGUGUUCUAAUAUAAUUUUUUGUCACUGAAAUGCAAGGACAGAUUUGAUUGGCUAAACGUUUCUGAAAACAACAAUCGUCGCACGUAGCUACGCCAUUUUGGAGAAAUUUUCCGAACAUAAGACACUUGAUUGGUCUUCGCAAUGAGGAGUCGGUGUACUUACGAGCUGUUGGAAGGAAAGACUUGUCAUUUCGACGCAGCUUUUUCGGGGACAGCAACCUGUGACUGGAAGUUGGACACUUUUGUAGCAGUUGAGGAUCGACUGGAUGAAAUGGGUGGUCUUUGCAGCCGAUCAAGUAAUCAGAGAGAAUUGGUUCAAACUGGAGUGCGAGAGGGGAGAGUUGUUGUCGUAACAAGAAGUACUACAGACUUCCCUGGCGACAGCACGGGAGGAUGGAGUGGGAAUGUCUACCGCAUCAUUGGAGCCAAUCAGGUUAUGUACCAAAGCCAGCCAGUGCCUGACGAUCUUAGAAGCCAACUUGGGGAGGGCGACUUAACGAUCGAAGGGAGACGAGCAAGGAUAAGGUUUCGAGCGAACAACGGAAAUCUUGAUCAGUAUUUCUGAUAAACAUAGACAUUCACUUUAAUGAACACCAGUGCAAAUGUAUAUAUAUAUAUGUAGUUAGUAUGGUUUUGGAUGUCCUAUACUUUGCACACAACGAUUGCGUUAUGCAAAGGGGAACAACUAUGUUAUUAAGGGACGCCACUCUUUAAGCCAUGCGGUUUUCAUUGCUAGUGAGCACUGCGACAUCAUACAACAAUAAAAGUGAAUCUGUUGUUUUAGUAUUUUAGUAAUUUGUAAGUCUAGUAAUUUGAAUUUUAAAUAUUCUUUACCUUUUUU